AUGUCAAAUCCAAUCCCAAUCGAAUUUAAUUCAGACCAGGAUGAAUUUCAUUAAUGCUUCCCAAGCAAAAGUGAAUCUACUGCAACCCCAGGGUUAUUAGAUAAUACCAAUACCUCUAAGGUCUUCUGUUCUUAAGUUUUUGAGGAUCAACUUAACCAAGAUGAUGAUGAAUUCAAUUCAUUGAAUAAACAACUCUAGAAUGUGUUGCUUACUGACAAUUAUCGUCCAUCAUUGAUUCAAGCCUUCUCUGCUGAUAUGUACAAGAUCAAAAUUAAUAAACUUAGGUCUUCAUAUUUGAGUCACGAAAAACUGACAAGGAACUCCAGAAAAAUGUAAUCGGAAUAUGAGCAGGCCAAUAUAAAAGAAAGGGAAUUCAUAUUUAACACCUAUAUUAGAAACAAUAUUAUACAUCUAAGUUUAGACAAAUAUAUGCAUUACAUACUGGAAAAAAUUAUCGAAUUUGGGCCAACAAAUUGUAGAAACAUAAUCCUAGACUAAAUUUUUCAUUCGAUUAAGAAACUAGUAGUUGAUCUUCAUGCUUGUAAGGUGAUGCAAAAGGGAUUAGAGGUUAUGUCCUUGUAUUCUUAAGAAUCUCAGCCUCAUUUUUAAAAAUACAUUAAUUUUAUUUUGGAAGAAAACAAUUUUACAAGAAGAUUAUACACAGAUAAAAUUGGAAAUCAAAUAUUCACUAAAAGUUUAGAUGUUUUGGAUGAGAAGGAUUUAGAAUCUCUUGUAAAAAUAUUCGAUAAAUAUAUUUUAAAUCCAAAUUAAUACUCCUUGGAAUUAUCAACUGAUUAAUACGGAUGCCUCAUUGUCAAUAAAAUAAUCGAUAUAUUUCCUAAACUUAUCGAUCCAAAUACUAAAUCUAUCACAAAUGACAUCAUUAUUAGAACUAUCAAAAAUUCCUCAUGUUUGAUAAGAAGACAAUAUGCUAAUUAUAUCAUUUAGUAAAUAUUGGAAAAAGGUUAAGAGAAUCACAAAAGAUUACUCUUGAAUAAUUACCUAAUCAAAGAUUUUGUCGCAAUGUCCCUGGAUAAGUAUGGUAGUAAUGUGGCAGAAAAGGCAAUAGUUUAUGCAGGAACACAAUGGAGACAAAAACUUUGGGAAGAGGAAGUUUCAGUUUCUGAAAGUUCAUUUCGAAAAUUAGUGAAUGAUUAAUUUGCUAAUUAUCCAAUAUAGAGACUUUAUGAAUAUUUAUCUUAGGACUAUAGAAAUGAAUUCAUUGCCUUAUUAAACAGAUUGCAUGAUAGCCAUUUUCUCAAUCAUCAUGGUCAAAUCGUCUUAAAAUUUUCUCUUGCUAAUUACAACGUUAAGCGUUUUGCUUAAAAAGUCAAUGCUGCUGAAAAUAAUAAGCCCUCUAAAUUGUAAGAAAAGAAUAAAUAGCUUCAAUAAAUAUAUGAAUAACAAUAAAGGAUGAAUUAAACUUCAAUUCAAUAUUAAUAAUAUCUUUAAUAAUAACAAAUGAUGACAUAAUAAUAUUAAUUGUUUUAAUAAUAAUAGCAAUAACAAUAACAAUAAUUCUAAUCUCCAGUUUAAUUUCAAUAAUACUAAGCUAUGCUCUUAUAAUAAGCCAUGAUGAUGUAUUAAUAACCACAAUAGAUCAUUUCUCCUUAAUUAUAAUAGUCCUCUUUGAAUUAGUAGCAGUAGUUUCCUUUCUUAUAAUCUAUUUAGCCACAGGAUUAAUGGAAUUAAUAGGCACUCAAUUAUUAUUAAUAACUCUAAUAUUUUCAAAAAAUGAAUUAGAAUCAAUAGGAAUGACUUUUGAUAUUAUCAAAGUACAAAGUAUUAU